AUGAUUAUUUCGGCUGCUGAUCGAAGGAAAAGAUUGAUGAGAAGGAUCCAUACACUACAAUCGGAAGACCAAAGUGCUCAUGGAAGUUCAAUUGAUCUAGACUUCUCAUUGCCACCACAUGAAUUCGACGAUGAAGACUCGGGUCCAUCGAGUCCACCGGUGAUAGACAGAAAUUUGCUAUUUGUUCCUGAUAUUCAUGAGCUUUCAUUGGACAAAGGAGAAAGACCUCCUCAUAAACGGGAUGUCAUCGAAAAGAUUCCGAUGCGUGCUCGGUCACAAAGUUGGCUCAUCCGUACUCGACAUCUACUACAUGAUGAAAGCAGGCGAACUUCACCGCUCAUCUCUCAUAUGAUGCUUUUCUUCUCCAUUCUUCUGUUCUUCAUGUCUUUGCCCUGGAGUUUGUUAUUCUGUUUUAAAGUAAUAAAAGAAUAUCAACGUGCUGUGAUUUUCCGCUUGGGACGUUUAAUCCGUGGUGGGACAAAAGGUCCAGGAUUGUUUUUCGUUCUUCCCUGUAUCGACACUUGUAAAAUUGUCGACCUCCGAGUGCUUUCAUUCGACGUGCCACCUCAGGAAAUUCUCAGUCGUGAUUCUGUAACCGUAUCUGUAGAGGCUGUCAUUUAUUUUCGAGUCUCAAAUCCGGUAAGACUUGGAGAUCAGGGUAAAUUCUGUGGUGCAAAGGUAAUAUCAGUGACGAACGUGAAUGAUGCUCAGUUCAGUACACGCCUUCUCGCUCAGACUACACUACGGAAUGUUUUAGGAACAAAAACCCUUAGUGAAAUGCUAUCUGAACGUGAUGCUAUAGCAAGUAUAACGGAGAAAGUUCUCGACGAAGGUACUGAUCCAUGGGGGGUCAAGGUGGAACGAGUGGAAAUCAAAGACAUUCGUUUACCACAUAUGCUAAUGCGAAGUAUGGCAGCCGAAGCGGAAGCCGUUCGUCGAGCUCGAGCAGCUGUAAUUCAUGCCGAAGGAGAAAAAAAUGCUUCUCGGUGGAUGUCAGAAGCAGCUGAAAUUAUCAGUGGAAACAAGAUCGGCGUACAGCUUCGGUAUCUUCAAACGCUCCAUUCAAUCGCAUCACAAAGGUAA